AUGUCGAGUGUGGAAGGAAGUGACAGUGUUCAAAUCGUAGAUGUUUGGAAAGAAAACAUGGAACAAGAAUUCUCGGUGAUUCGUGCAGCCAAAAGCAAUUUCCCAUAUGUAUCCUUGAACACAAAAUUCUCAGGAUCGCUUUUUACAGUAAGGAGUUAUGGAGCAUUGUCAGGAAACCUAGGACUCGCCAAACUCAUUCAAGUGGGUCUCACGUUGUCUGACGAACAAGGUAACAUUCCCAUGAUCAUGAGUUCGACAACGCACGAGGCCAAGCAACGUGUCUGGCAGUUCAACUUCUGCGAGUUUGAUCCAAAAACCGAUCCCAAAUCCCGAGACAUCAUCGAGACUCUAAUUUACAAUGGUAUAGAUUUUGAGAAGAACAAGAAUUGUGGUAUCAAAUACAGCGAUUUUGCAGAGUUUUUAAUGUCGUCGAGGCUUGUUCAGGACGAUGAGGUUCAAUGGAUUACCUUUGGUUCGUCUGAUUUUGGGUACAUGGUGAAGCUGCUUACUGGGAAGAAGAAUCUUCCGGAAACAGAACAAGAGUUCUUCAAGAUUCUUAAGGAUUUCUUCCCUGUUUCUUAUGAUCUGAAUUACCUGAUAAAAUUUACCACCAACCUGCGAGGUGGUCUGGAAGACGUUGCUAGGGUUUUGGGGGAGAAGAGAGUCGGACCGACGGCACAAGCCGGUUCAGAUAGUUUGCUCACGAGUCGUGUAUUCAAGAAGCUCAAACAUGAGCAUGUCUACUUCAAUGGAGCUAUUCCUGAGACAUGUCGUGGUGUUUUGUCCGGCUUAGCUGGUAUUGAACUUUAG